AGGCCCAGAGGCCCCAAAGCUAACCCGCACUCAAACAACGGUCUCUAAUGACUACCAGUUUAGCACCUGUUAUGUUCAACAACUGGGUCAUGUAUUCACCUAUGAUUAUGAGUAUUUGGGUCCGUGUGCUCACUUGGUAGUGACACCUUUGACAGAAAGAGCUUUCCUGACCAUGGGCCAUGCAUUAAAGACAUUUCAGUGUGGCACAUUGAUAGGCCCCAAUGGAUCAGGCAAGACAGAGACUAUAAGGGAAUUAGCCAAG